AUGACAAGUAGCACAUAUGGCGCAUGUCAUCCGUUAGCGGAGAAUGCUUACCUCUUCAUGGUAACUGAUCCAAACUCUGAUGAUUUAGAGUUACAAAAUCAAAACAUUAGCGAGAUUCAACUCGACGUGUUAUAUGACAAAGUUAGUGACCUAUAUUCUGCCGAAAGAAUGGCAGAACCACCAAGUUCAACAUUACAAGCAUUUCCUAAAUUUACAGAGCUGAAUGAUCUUGUAAAUGAAAAGGUUGGAGGGAAAAUCCUUUAUGCAACAGAUGAUUGGUUUGCUGUGGCUGAAAACCUGCUGAAGGCGGAAGAGCCUGUGUUUAAAGCUGGAGUUUUUACAAAGUAUGGGAAGUGGAUGGAUGGAUGGGAAACCAGAAGGAAAAGGAUACCAGGGCAUGAUUGGUGUAUCAUAGAACUAGGUGUGCCCGGUAUUAUAAGCGGGGUAGAUGUGGACACCUCCUUCUUCACGGGGAACUACUCCCCACAAGUCUCUAUCCAGGCAGCUGUCCUUUCUGGAGUUGCUGUUGAGAGUAUUCCCAAGAGGAAGAGUAAGAUGGGGACAGCGACCACGAUGGUGAUGUCAGAUCAGAUCAAGAAGCUGAAAUCGGAGGAAUGGCAGGAACUGGUUCCCCGGACUCCCCUGAAGCCUGGCUAUAAAACUUCCUGUCACAACUUCUUUGAAGUUAACAGUAAUGAAAGGUGGACCCAUAUUAGAUUGAAUAUGUAUCCAGAUGGUGGCAUUGCAAGGUUGAGAGUGUAUGGGCGAUCAGUACCUGACUGGUCAAAAGUCUCUAAGAAUGCAAUUAUAGAUCUAGCGGCUAUGGAGAACGGAGGGACAUGUAUUGGGUACAGCAAUGUCCACUUUGGUCACGCCCGUAACUUGAUUCAGCCUGGUAGGGCAGAAACAAUGGCUGAUGGUUGGGAGACUGCUCGCAAGCCUGACAGACCAGCCAUUCUAGAAGCAGAUGAAGAGGGAAUUCUACAAGUACCAGGAGAUGACUGGUGUGUUUUCCGGCUGGGACAUCCAGGGAUUAUCACUAAGGUUAUCAUAGACACAAACCAUUUCAAGGGAAAUUAUCCUGACUCUUGCAGGAUUGAAGCUUGUAACAUCACAGAGGAAGAAGAGGAAGGAGCGAUAAGAGAGAGGAAUGGGGGGCCCUGGAAAACCCUUCUACCCCCCAAAAAAUUGUACGCCCAUCAGGAACACGAGUUUGGUCGCCACAGCAUUCAUAACUGUGGCGUGGUGAACCACGUGCGGCUGACCAUGGCUCCGGAUGGCGGCAUCAGUCGGAUGAGGCUGUUUGGGUAUAUCCAGGAUCCGGAUGAUCCUGAAGGAUCAAUGGUCAUCAGUGAUGGACUAACGGAGAAUGAGGCCACUGAGGACACUCCGGAAAAAGAAGAAUCUCCAAAGAAGAGAAGAAAAACGACCAAGUAGGAGGUGUUCGAGAUAACACUCGCAUGGCGGUUUACACUUCCGGUCAAUAUUUCCAGUAUUAGAGAUUGUUUUGCUCUGCCAUAUAGUAAAGAUCUCCAAUCAACGAAGUAUACAUAGUAUUAAUUUGUUACAGAAAUUAUUUUUAUACAGUUUUUAUGUGACACAAUCAUAUAUCUUUUAUAUUAUUUUAUAAGUCGGCAUUCAUCAUUAAAUGAUGUUUGAAAUGCAUUCCCUGCCACUGCCAUAAACCUGUUAUAUUUUCCAUGGUUUCUUUUGGCAUGUUUUGUUCUUGAACGAAAAUAAGAAUUUUUUACCACAUACGUACGUACAUUGUAUAUGUAUAUGUUGUUUUAUAAUUUGACAUAUUUUACUUAUAUGGUGUGCUAUAUUAAUGUAUCUAGAUUAAUUAAUCAGUUUUCUGAUGGCGCUGCCUGUAUUAUUGAUCUCGGGUAAUCUACUUCCUGUUGGAUGUAAUCUGGGUUUUUAUGCUUUAUUUUGAUGAACUGUAACAUUUUAAGAUAUUAUAGUAUGAUUAAAGCUUGAAAAUAUAUACUAUUAUAAUAAUAUGAUUUUUAAUAUGAAAUAAAUACCUCAUUAAUCAGAUUAACCUG